CGCUGGAGUGCUCAUGGACUUAUUAGUACUCAGACAGUGAACUUGAACUCUUUCCGCAUGUGGAGUUUGGUGCUCAUGGACGCGCUUGACGCUUGUAGAAGUCUCCGAGGAUGGAGGAAGACAAAGCAGAAAACACUUCGGGAUUAACAAACGCUGUGACGCCUCGGAUACAGAAAGGUGUUGGGACACUACAAACUGGCAGAACAGCUUCUAUGCACCUUGGCACAGACUCUACAACUAUCUGGAACUCUACCAGAAGGAUGAACAGCAUUCUUAUUCCCUUAGUUGGUGUUUCAGUGACGGUGGUGGUGGAGUGCUCUGUCUUUACACAUCACUCCAAAAUCUCCAGUCUGGCUGGAUCUGGAGGCUAUAGUGGAUGUGUGUGUGUGAGCUGUAGGCAGUGAUGGAGAUCAGGCCAAACUGCAGUAGUCACUGUGACUCUGAGUCCUGCUUCAUCCAUCCUGCAGUAAACAAGCAGCAGAGCUGGGACAUCCUGCUGAGGCUCUGCUCUCUCUCUACGAGGGUGGUGGAGGUGCAGAGCAGGUCUCUGUCUCCAGUUCUGUGUGCUAUAGCUUGGACGCUGCUCUCCUGUGGGAUACUGCUGUCCAUCCUAUUCCUCAUUUUCACCAUCCGCUAUAAAAACAACAGGAUUGUAAAGAUGUCGAGCCCCAACCUAAACAUGCUGACUCUGUUAGGGAGUGUGCUGACAUACACCAGUGGCUUCCUGUUUGCUAUAGAAGACAGAUCACCUGUACAGGGAGCAGGCCCAAAAGCUGUCUAUCAGGCAUGGGUCUGGACACUGUGUAUCGGCAGCUCUUUGGUGUUCGGACCCAUCCUGGGGAAAACAUGGCGUCUCUACAGGGUCUUUACUCAACGUGUACCUGACAGGAGAGUGAUCAUUCGUGACAUUCGGUUGAUGGGUUUGGUGGCCCUGCUGGUAGCUGUGGAUGUAGUGAUUCUGGCUGUGUGGAGUCUCACCGACCCUGUGAGGUGUUCCCGAUCAGUCAGUGCUGUGGUCAAGGUAAUGGAGUUUGAUGUGCGUUACUCCUUAACCCAGAUGGACUCGUGCUCCUCUCACUACUCUGGCCUGUGGGUCCUUCUCCUCUGUGCUCUCAAAGCCGUGCUGAUGGUGUAUGGCACAUACCUAGCCGGACUGACCAGUAGCGUCAGCCUGCCUCCAGUCAACCAAUCCCUGACCAUCAUGACCGCUGUGUAUCUAAUUACCGGCUUCACUGCUUUGGCCGUCCCUGUCUCUCUGUACCUGCAUUCAUGGCCCAACCUAAUCUACGGCAUGCUCUCUGGGACCAUCUUCAUCUGCACCACUGCCAUUAACUGCCUUAUAUUCGUGCCCCAGUUGACACAGUGGAGGCAGUUUGAAGAAGACGUGAACCCUCAUCCCAGCCAUAUGGCCAAAUACUUCAGCAGCAAGAGCCUUCGCUCCAGCGAGAAUGACAUUUACUACCUGCUCGGAGAAUAUGACUCUAUGAAGAGGUUAAUCAAUGAGAAAGACGCAGUAAUAAACAGUCUCCAGGAGCAAGUGAAGAAUGCCAAGGACAAACUUCUGAAGCUGAUGUCUGUGGGCCACCUGCAGGACGAAAGAGAAAUGGACUCUUCCACCACCAACCUCAACUCCUCAUCCACACAGACUACAGUGAUACCUCCUGAGCCUCCUGCUUCUCCGCUCCCCAUGAGAGAGGCCAUUCUUUCUGCCGCUAUCUCCCCACCAACGUAUGUGCCUCCUCUGUCGGCUCCAUCUUCUCCUCCUUCACUCUCGUCCUAUGAAACACCUCCUUCUUCUCAACACAGAGAAUCCUCGCCCUGUUUUUCUCCACACAGUUCAGACAGGGCGCCAGAGAACUCCCAAGUCAGUCACUUGAAACUUGAAAAUGCAGUUUUGACUAAAGGGUCUCAUUCCAAACGUAUCUUCAGGAGCACAUCUGUCAGCGUUGAACCUUCUGUAGUAAUGAACAUCCCUUUAGAGUCAUCUGUUAACCUGAUUACAUUGCAUGAUUCUAUAUCUCCGGUUUGGUCCGGGCCACAUACAGACGUUUCAGUAGUAGAAUCUGUUUUACCCUCAGCGGUGGGCCGCCAGGGUUUCGUGAGCAGCGAACAGCUGGAGGAGAUUCUGCAAGAUUUGAGCGUAGACGCCAUAAGCAGCUCGCUCAGAUCACCAAACGGUGUGAGAAGAUUGGCGAAUCCAGCACCUAACAAACUCUCGUCCAGAUCGUCUCUGCAGUUGUAUUUUCCCAGCAUCUCACCAUACAUGAUGCGAAAACGCCGACCUCCGUUCCACGCGUGCAGAAAGGGUUUACCUCCGUACUACUACCCAGGCUCAGCGCCCCCUGGCUGUAGUAAAGUACAUGAACUAAAACCGUCUUCCAGCACUUUUCUGUUGACGCAUAAGCAAUCCAUAAUAUGGAAGGCGAUGGAAAUGAGGCAGAGAAAAAGGACGGAAACUUUAGGGCAUGGUGUGACUCAAAUACCCAGUCACGAUCAGGCAGGAGGAGACUGAGACGCACACAUCAUGACUGUUCUUCUAAGGGACAGCGCUCAGGACCUCUAGUAGGACCUGAUAGAACCAGAGCAGCAGAUUCAGAUGAAUAUUCAGACUCAGACUCCAGCAGCUCAGAGGAUUACUGCUACUACCACCGACCCUACUGUGAAGCCUGCAUGCAUAGUCCUUACGCCUCCAGCGACAGCAGCAGCUCAGAGACGUCUGACAGUGAGUACACAGAACUGGAUCGCUCCUCACAUCCUGUGGUUAACUUCAAAGAGGACCUCAAACCUACGUUUGUUUAAAUAGACGUGAGGAUCUGAACGGAUCUGAUUGCAAUAAUUCAUGGCACUAAACACAAUCAUCUGUAUAAACAGACACAAAUAGACACAUAUUCAUCUAUUAAAAAAGGAGCUACAGUGAAUUUCUGAAAUAAAUGGAUAGAUUUUAUGGCUGGAAUUCUACAGUGCAUGCCCAUGUAAGUUUUUCAUCAGAUGGCCUGGGAAAACUUUUCAGAUGGUGAAAUAGGCGGAAACCACAAGUGAAGUUAUGUAAGAGACAGAAACACUUGGGUGCAUGCUCUUAUAAGAAAAUAAUCGCCUGACGCGAAAUGGAGGGUUGUUACCAAAUUGAAGUGCAUUACGUUCCAGUAAUGGUACACCACCAAGUGUUUAUUUAAUUUAAAUCAUAAAUCACGUUUUCAUUAAUUAAUGACCAUUUAUUUUAAUUGUUUUUAAUUACAUGUAACAUUCUCACUCGCCCUUAAUAGCAGCUAUCAAACUCUUUCUGUACUCUCUCAUGAAGUUAGUAAGAUAACCAAAAGAAAUUCAAUGGGAAUAUGCAAAGCACAAAGUCCUUGUUCCAUAAAUGUGGAACAAAAACCCUUUCAAUAAAAAUAUUUGUAUUUGUUUAAUAACAGCAAUGUUUAUUGUUAGACUUGUAUUAUGUAGCAUUCGAUUAUUCAAGUCUUUGUAUCUAGGUUAGCAAUGAUAACAGUAGAAUGAAUUCGAAAGCUAGAUGCUUUCAGAGCUGCAAAAAUGAAUGUUGAACACAUUCAGUAUUCCCAAACACUUAAAAAACCCUCUGAUUCCUUUAUUUUAUAAGAUACCAUCUUACUUUACUUUGAAUAUUAAUAAUCCUGUCAUGUUUGGAAGUUGCAUGUCAGCUUCAAUUCACUGUAUGGACUAAUGUAAUGUUCAGAAAGCUCAAAUGAAUCUGAUAGUUAGGUGUUAGGCUACAAUCUUUUGUCCAUAUACUGUACAAUUCCAUAUUAUGAUUUAGCUCCUGCUUUGUUAUUUAUUCCCUGAAAUGAUUCCCUGAUAUUGCAUUAAAGGGAGAAAGAGCCAAGAGCAAAAACCCUGACAAAGUGCAAAAGGGCUCGUGUUUACAUUUUAUUCCUCUUAAAUGUUUUUCACCUGACACCUUCAUCUAUAUAAUAUUAGUUACCAAUGUUACACAAGUUGUACAUGUUACUGUACUAUACAUUCAGCUACAUUAUUUGGAAUGAAAUGCACUAUGACUGAAUCCAGGCACCUAUUCUGAACUGCUUUGGGUUAGAUCUAUAUAUAUAUAUCUAUACAGAAGCUCUUUUAAAGCUAAUUUUGUUGAAUGUGUUAUUAGUAGCUCUCUUUUUUAGACAAAAUGAUAAAUAUAUAAAACCACUUCACUGGUAUGUUUGUUGAUGUAAUUCAGUUUGUACAGUCUCAGUGGUCUGAAAGGUCAGACUUUAAACUGUAACAUUUGUUUUGCAUUUCUAUUUAUACCUCAAAUAUGUUUUUUGUACAGUAGAUAAUGUGUGCAUUAUUAACUAGAUACAGUUUUUGGUUAUUUAUGUAAUUUAACACUUUUUUUUGUUUGUUUGUUUUUUUUGUAAGAUUGUUACCAGUGACUGCCUCAUCUGAUCUUUUGCUGUGCUGGUUUACAUUAAAAUGAAUUGUUGCUUUCACACAU